CAUAAUCUUGCGCGAAGAAGACCAAUUAUGUGAAAAUUAGGGCAACAAAGUGAUAUAUUAUCAGUAAUAAAGUUAAGAAUAAUAUUGUUGUAAAAAAAUGUUGAUGAAGAUGAAAUUAUCAACUUCAUCAUAUGGCUGAGGAGAUCAGGUAAAUAACUAAUCUUUCAGUCGUCAAUAUGAAAGAAGAAUGGAAUAAAACAAAUAAAAUAUAAUAAAAAGGUAAGUUAUACUUAUACUUAUACUACUUACUAACUUACUACUUUUUAAUAAGUAAUUGAGUAAUAAGUUAUAAUUAUAAGACUAAUCACUGGAUCUAAUAAUUAUAUAAUAAUAAAACUGUAAACUAAAUUUACAAUUUACACAAUUCAAUAAGUACUACUAAGACUACUACUACUAACUAAUACUAAUAUUAUUACUAUAUUAAUUAGUGAAAGUGAAGGCAUUAUUCAUCAUUUAUCAUUUAUAGUAUAUCAUUUAUAAAUAUAGUAAUAGUAAUAUAGUAUAGUAUAUAUUAUAUAGUCUAUAUAUAAGAUUUGCUACCACAAUUUAUUUCAUAUAAAUUAAUUUUAAUUAUAAUUAAAGUAUAUUAUAGCCUAUCCUAAUCUCCUAUUAUUACUUAUUCACGUAUACUAUUAUGCCGUUAUUAUAAUAUAAUAAUAUAUUUAUAACCAUGACCAUACAUAUUUGAAUUUGAAUCAUAUUGAUAAUCCUCAUACUAUUUAUAAUUUAUUACAUUUUAAUUAUUUUUCUAACAGUUAACAGAGAUAUAAAUAUAGUUAUAUAAGUUAUAUAGUAUAGUAUAAGUAUAGGCAUGCAGGAAGGGGUACCACUAUCAUAGUCACUAUCAUUCACUAUGACUAUGUCAAUGUCUUUUUCCUCAGCAAUUCUUUGAUGAAAUUCUGUUAUUAAUAUCACAUUCUAUUGCAACUAAUUUUUUAGCAUCAUCAAUGGCUAUUUGGCUUGGGGGAAAAAAAAAGCACCAAAUUUUGGCAAAGCUUUCAUUUUUAAAUUUAUCAGCAAUUUCAGGAUGCUACAAAACUCGCCGAUCAAUUGAUAAAAUACAGCCAUAAUUGCUAUGAAUAAUUGAAGUUUUUAAUAUUACCAGAUCAAGCUUUGUUUCAAGGGCAAUAUCAGCCAUCUCAUGUUAUACUUUUUGCAAAACAUACUGAUACUGAACUAGAAGAGAAGUGUGAGGGUGAGAGUGAUGUCAUAUGAUUAUUUGCACACCCACAAAAGUGCAGACUUUUGAUUUUGUUGUCAUACUGAUAUGCAUUUUUCAAAACACAUUGAAUGCAAUAUAGCAAAAUCAAAGUCCUCUAUCUGAUGAAAAUAUAUUAUUAGUCACCAAAUGAGUGUUCCCAUAUAUUCUUUAGUGUUUAUGGAGAAAUACAAAACUGAUUAUCAGUUAGCCAAGAAUUUCAGGGAUAUUAUUUUUAAACCUAUUAUAAAAUAUAAUUUGAUAUAUUAAUAACAAGAAGAAAGAAGGUCUUGAACUUUUGAAAUGUAGGCACAGACCAGGGGUGGCCAACCCAAAGGGCUUAACAGGACACUUUGAUCCUAGAUGAAUUUUUUGCAGGCCACAUAAUAUUACAUUUAAUAAAUAAAAUAAAUAUCAGAUUAAUGCUGUAUAUAUUUAUUUAUCAAUUAAUAAUGUACACAAUGAAAUGCAAAAAUUAAAAAACAAAAUGAAACUAAACUAAUGUGAUAUUUGUAAUAUUUUCUCUCACUUUAAAUUUGAAAAUAUUUUUCUAUGAAAAUUGAAUAAAGAUAGAAUUUUUUAGAUAUUUAUAACCAACAUCCAGUGAACGAAAAAAUAGUGUUGCCACAUGUUUGUCAUGCCUCCCAUAGACUAUUAUUUUAUUGAAAAGAAAGAAAGUAUAUUAAUUACAAUAUACCCAAUUAAAUUUAAAAGAAGUGCAAAUAAUAUAACUAUGAAUUUUAAAUAAACCUAAUUCCGUUUUAUUGAAUUUAUGAUAUUACCUUUAAGGAUUUUUCAAUUUUAAGAAAUUGAAUAUGUGAAAGUUGAUAGGUAGAUAUUUUGACAGAAAUUUAAGUAUUACAAAAGACACACCACUGUAAAGGGCUAUCUGUAAAGCUUUCCAAAAACACCUAGACAUCUUUAUACUUUCAUUAUUAAAAUUAGAAAUAUCAAUGUUUUUGUGAAUUCUAUGAGCAUCGUAUAAACCUUUGUCUUAAUGUCUUAUAUCCAAAUUGUUCAAUAAAAUGUUAAUAAAUAGUAUUUUCAGGCCCAACCCUAAGUAAAAGUAACUUAUCAUUACAUUUGAAAUUAAUUAUUACAUAGAAUGAACUUAAAACAACUUAAAAGGAACUUAAAAUUAAAGACUGAAUUUUGCAAAUCUAAUAUUUCUAAAGCUUGAUUGGCACACAUUAGGUGAAGAAUGAAAUUAUAGGCCUAAAAUAUAAUUGAUUAUACAUAGAUAAUAUGAGCCUAAUGCCUAAAGCUAUUAUUUAUCUUGUAAGUUAAGUGGCAUUUAGUCACUGUAAGUUUAAGGAGCAGGUCAUUCCUCCAUUACAAGAUUAUAAUUUGGACUGUUAAAAAUUAUUGUUCCUUGUCACAGAUCAGUCCUCUAUCCAUAUAACCAUUAUCCUGUAUGUAGAUCUGAUUGUCUAGUAGUUUAUCUGAAAUCACAAAUAUAUUUAAGAUUUUUUCCCUUUAUGUGAUGCAAUUUUCAUUUAACUUGAUUGUCCGUUGCAUCCUAAUUACAACUUUUGUUCUUGUCAGGGCUCUCAAAAUGAAGUCUUAUUAAAUUCUCACAAUACUUUGGAGAAAAUGGACAGUUUAUACAACUUAUUACCACCAGAAGGUGGUAAAUUAACAAAUCAGUCAAAUAUCACCUCCUGCCCUGAUGGAAUCCAAUGGAUUUAUGCAGUGAUGGGUGAUUGUUGCAUUACAGUGAGAGAGCAGAUAUCUGCAUACCUUGGAAUAGCCUCUAUUUUUCUAUGGGGUUUUGUUGGUAUCCCGUAAGUAAACAUCUAAUUAUUUGAAUGCAUAAAUUGUGAAAGUAAUAUUAAGUCUAUUAUACAAAAUUAUAUUGGUUGUUUGUACUCUCUGAACAAAUAAGCCAACCAAUUUUUUCAAAUUUUACAGGAGAAAUUGAUUCAUGCACUUUCACUGUUAAAGAAACAUUUUGGGCUCUAUACACUUAUGUCCGUUGUACCUGAUUAGAGUUUUUUCCUUUUGUUGAAAGUUCAACUUAGCAGCAGUAGCUUACUUACGCAAAUAAAAACUAUAACUUUUAUUUUCAAUCCUUUGUUCACCUCCCUAUAAUGUGCCUAUAAUUUCAUAUAGGAUGUAUUAGCUGUGAGUUUUGAAUGAAUGUACCAGUGUUUUUAUUAAUGUUAUACUUACAUGGGAUGGCUCUUUCACUUAGUAUUAAUCAAUGUCGAGUACCUGUAUGGGAUUUCAUUAAUAAUUGUUGUGACUGGAUAUUUUAAAAUAUUUGCAGUUUGUUUUUUGAGAUUAAUUAGCUAGUAAAAUUCUUCCCAUGCUUGACUUGGUGACAUAUUUUUAUGCUUAUUAUGACAUAUUGUCUAGUCUGUUUUGUGACAUACAUUUUAGUCGUGCCUCAGUCGUGAAAAGAAAUUUGUGGAAGAAGGUUGUGUUUUAUUUCUCUCUGAUAGCGAGCUGCGCUAUACAUAAUAAUAUGGAAUUAAUAGUCCGUGAAUUUACAUUAUAUAUAUUGAAGUUGCAUUUAUUAUGAAAAAGGACUUGAGUUGAUUCAGUGUCAGAAAGACGUAUUACAACAUGUAAAAUAACUUUAAAAUUAUUCAAUCUAGCAUAAACAGGAGUGCGACAUGGGGCUCCUUGAAAAAUUGGAAUCGACUUAUAACAAAUUUAAAUGUGUAAAGGCCUGAAUUUUGAAUAUUAAAAAAAAAUGUGGAAUUUUAUGUUAAGAGAUUUACAUUGAUGAUCAAUGUGUUUAUUCUAGCUGACUUGUACUUAGUACUGACAAUGAGAAAAUAAAAUUUUUUGGGGUCUAAAAAUGGGGUCUCCAGUUUAUCUGACCCGCCGACGGUACUUGAAUUUGUUUGAUAAAAUGUAUGUUUACCCACAGAGAAGGAAAACUUGUUGAAUUUUACCGCUGCUAACCUAAUGUUGAGUUUCUGAAAAUGAAGAACUUCUCCGCUGGUAUGGCAUCAGUGAUUGGAACAACUUAUGUCUGUGAGCAAACAUUUUCAAAAAUGAAGUAUGUGAAUUCAACACAUCGAACGAGAGUGAAUUAUAAACAUUUGAAAACAAUUCUGAUUUGAUGCAGCAAUUCGAAUCCAAAUAUUGAUGGAAUCUUGAAAGCCAAAUGUCAGUUUCAUAAAUCUCACUAACUUUUUUGCUGCUUAGUUUGGGAUAUUCGAAUAUAAGUGCACUAUGUCUGAUUUAACUCUCUGUUUGCUAGCUUCACCUUCUAUGAUAACUUUUUUAGAAAAUAAAUAUGUUGGUUGUCUUUGUUUUUUGUACAUUGCACGCCACAUUGCUUUCAUUCUGGCUUGAAAGUAUUGUACAGAAUGAUUAUCCGGCCCGCGCUCAUCAUUUUUUCCGUUAUCCGGCCCGCUGUCAAAAAAUUUUGGAGACCCCUGGUCUAAAAUAUUAUUUUAUACUUUAAGACUUAACAGGCAUUUUUAAGUUUCACAGAUUGUUUCUAAUCAUUUGUAAUUUUUUUAAAAACUUUCUACAAGUUGAUGAGAGGGCUUAAAUAUUGUCUACAUUUGUCUUACCUAUUUAGUACAUCUGUUUAUUCUUAAAGUAGGUAAUGUUCACAUAUUUUACAAAUUUGAACUCAUUGCCCAAUCAUGUAUAAAUGUUUAUUCUUUGUUCUUCUCCAUAGUCAAAUGUGCAAAAACAUUUGCCAUAUUGCAGGAAUGGUUGGACUUAGUGUAUUUUUGAUUCUUCAGUGGGUUGGUGGUGACCUUGCAAACUUAAUUGGGUGUAUUCUUACAAGACAGAACAACUUUCAAGUAAGUUUAUGUCUUAAAAAAAGUCUACGUUACUUAAACCUAAAUGUCCAGGCAAAGUGUACUGCUGAUAAGUUCUCAUGCUUAUUAUUUAUCUCUAUGUAUAAACAAUAUUAACAAGCAUUGGUGUUUUGCAUGUCAAUGAUGCAUUACAUGUGAUAAAGAACUAUUAAAAGAAAUCUGAUUUAAAAGUUAGUUUUAUUUAGUGAGUGUUUGGGGUUCACAUGAAAUUUAGUGUGACGGGAUGAUGAUGACAGCUGGUUAUUGAACCAAUGGCAAUUUAAUUUUUCUAAGUUUUACACUUUCCCCAAAAAAUACCCUCUCGCUGGCUGAUUUAGCUCAUUCUAUAUUGUGUCGUAACGGGAUAACCCAGGACAGAUUCAAACCUAUUUCUGUUUUGUGAUGUUAUGAGCCUGUAAGGCCAUCUCAUUACUUUUCUGUUUGUCUUGCAAUUCCCUUUUAAGUAAAAUAUUACAAAAAAAUAUUUAUAUUCUACUCAGCUUUUUUCAUAAUUUUACAUUAUUUACCCUGAAUGAUUUUAUCAAAAUUGAAAGUAAUUGACUGGAUUAUUUGAUAAUUAAUAUUAAUUUAUUUCAGAUUAUUCUUGCUGUAUAUUUCAUAGUAAUGGACAUAUUUUUGUUAGUUCAAUACAUGCAUUAUUUAUGCUGGAAGCACAGGAAAAGGCUAAGAGAAUCUGAAGGUAAUUAAACUCAACACAAUUUUAAGGGAUACUCUACUUAUUAAAAUGCAUAUUGUGGCCGUUUUGACUGAAGUUAAAUAUUUUAAAACGUUGUACAAUAAAUAACUUUGCAUAAAUCAGUGGCCUAUUACAAUUUUUUGUUCAUGUUAUUAAGAGUUCAAAAAAUCCUUAAAGAACUUAUUUAAAUGGAUUUCAAAAAUAAAAUUUAUAAAAAGCUAAAUCAAUUUCAUAAAAAAAUUAUUAUUUAAUGAAAUUAUGGGAACAUGAGCAACUUAUUAGAACAGUAUCAAUAAAAAAAUAAAAACAAUAUUCUGCAUUAAUGAUAGUGAUAGUUUUUUUUUAAGGUUAAAAUCAUUGAAAUGUUUCUGGUUAUUUGAAAUAACAAAGUUUUUACUUGCAGGAAAUAUUCAGCCGUCCCCGAAGGUGCUACUGUGUUUGAUGGGCCUCUUUGUCUUUACAACCACUCUGUGGAACCAAACUUUUGCUGCUUUAUCAAAGGAGAUCACAGGUUUGCAUGAUGACUACUUAGUAGCUGGGCACACAUCUCGCUCUUUACUUUUUGCAUCUUCUGAUCCAGCAGAAUUUGUCGGAGAUAAGCCAAUUUUUUGGAAUGUGAGUUACUUUUUUGAUUUUUGGUUAAAAUAUCACCUCAAAUGUUUCUGAAUUAUAAGAUAAUUAAAUAAAUAUGCAUCUAUAUUAUCUAUAUCUAUAUUGAAAAAGGUUAUGUGCAAUUUAAAUCACACUUGAUUGCAAUCUUGUAGCUCCAGUGAAUCUUAAUUAAUUUGUGCAUUAAUAUAUAUAUAUAUAUAUUCAAUUAUUUAAAUUGACUUCUCCAGGAUACAAGGAAUGUAAUAGGCUAUUGUAUAGGUAUCAUCUCUGCAAUAUUCUACUCAGGGUCACGUGUCUCUCAAAUUUACAAAAAUGUGAGUGUCCUAAUUGCUAUCAUUUUGUAAAUUUAGAGUUGUUAACCUAAAAACUUUUGCUAAAACCUACAAGUCUUCAGAAAAGUUUUGAUUGAUUCUGUGAAAGAUAUUUGUUAAAUUAACUUCUAAGUAAUAAUCAUAAAUUUGACACAUAAAGGCCUACACUGGCAUACAUUGCAUUAGGUCUUUUGAUUGUUUCUGUGUGAACGAUUUAUUUAAAACUAACUAAGUAAUAAUCAUAAAUUGGACACAUAAUGACCAAAUCUGGCAUAAAUUGCAUUAGUACAUGAGUGGGUGCAAAAUGUUUAUAUCUACUCUUUCUUUUAAUUUUCACUAUUGAAUGUAACAAUAAAAAAUGAAAAAAAGUAAUAGUAUGAUAUUGACAUAACACAUAGCUUUACACUUUAUACAAUUGAAUAAAGAGACUUGUACUUUGUCUUGAAAACUAAAUUUGGUAAUGAAUGUUCUUCAUGUUGAUUGGCAAACUCUCUGAGAGACUUUCUAAUAUUCUUCAGGUAAGAGCGCAAUCAACAGAAGGCCUAGCAUUCUUAACUUUUACAGUGGCUGUGUUUGGCAAUUUGACCUAUGGGGGUCAGAUUAUCAUUCUGGACUUCAGUGGGGACUACGUGCUAGAGAAGUUGCCUUGGCUUCUGGGAAGUUUUGGGGUAGUCCUGCUUGACUGCUGUGUAUCCUUUUUUUCUAAAGACUUUGUAUUCAGAUACCUUAAUGGUAUGCCUUUAACCUCUUAACAACAAACCCCACCCCCCUCCCUUUUUUUUUUACCCACACUCACAAUUGUUGUCAUGUCGGCAUCACAAUAACCCUUUUUGAAUAUAUUCAUGAUACCAUUUCAUAUUGUUUUUUGUUUUUAAGGGAGAGUUUUAAAAAUUUUAAUUAUACUUAACAUUGAGCCAACCUAAUCCCACCCAUUUAGGCAGCUUUUAGUUUGGAUUAAAACUCUCCUAAAGAUUGCUGAACAUUUUAGACAUUAAAAUAUUGCAUCACCCUCACACAAUUUAGCUUCCGUUGUUAUAGAAUAGUGUCAGACUCCUUAGAUCCAAAAAUUUUACUAUAAUUUCUGUUAAGGCUUGAAUACAUUCUGUUGACUUCAUCUAGUAAAAUAUCUCAAAAUACAUUUUUUAAAGGAAUGAAAAAUAUUUUAAUUAUACUCAUUAUUAUUCAACUUUACUAUUAAGAAUAAUUCAAUCACUAUGAAUAAUUUACAAAUGUACUAUGAUUCUAUUCAAUAUAGGUUGACUUAUUAAACACUCUAAAGAAAUCACACAACUUUACUAAAACUAUCACUCCCUUGCUAGAUGCUCAAAAAUACGCUACCACACAAAACUCUAACAAUAAUAUGAUGUCAUAAACAAUGUUCCCUUUAAGCUGCGCGGCUGUGCAGCUAUCUCACAGACGAAGGAAAUUUCCAUGUAAUUGAGUGUUUAUGUUUGUGGGCUGUAAAAUUUUGCACACACAAAAAUUGAUGCUGUAAAAAUUUGCACACAACUGUAUGAUUUUGCACAUGAACCAACAAACCUUAGAGGGAACAUUGGUCAUGAGUGCACCAAAACGCCAAUCACACUUAUCAACAAAGGUUCUAAAUACUUGACGCAGUAACACAGUUGAAACCAGGACAUACAAUAUUCUCAUGAUCAGGGGAGCUCAUACUUGACACUGAGCAAUAACAAAAUAACUCCUUAAUAAAUGAUGCAGAUACUGUUUCAGUUUAUGUACUACAAGCAAAGAGAUGAGAUCAAGACUGAAGAGCACCAGUCUCUUCUAACUGGGGAGUACAUUAUCAACGCAGAUGAUAACUCUCAAGAUGAGCAGGGAGAAGAAAAUCCUUGCAUCAAUUGAAUUAUCUUCUACUAUUAUUUUUUUUCUUCUCUCUUUCUGACAUCUUAUGAAUCUGGUCUGUUUACAUGUCAGUCUAAAUUAGUCAUCUACUUUUUAAAAAAAGAAAACGAAAAUUAUUAAGUACAUCAAUUUAUGUUUAUAGCAUUCUGAUAUUUAAUUUCAUCUAUAAAGAUUUAAAUUAUCAGAUUGUGUGAAACUAUAUGGCUUUGGCAUUUGCUAUUUAUAAUGGAAAUAAUUUACCCUCAUCAGUGGUAAGAAAAUGCUGGAUGAAUCUCUUUUUUUCUUAUUGCCUUAAAAUUGUAUUUAUAAAGUACCUUCUUUGUCAAUGUAUUUCAGUUAUGAUAAUAAUCCAAAUAACUAGUUGUAUUAACCCAUCAAAAAGGAGUUUUUAUAAAUAGAGUAAAUCAUUUUAAAGUAUGCAAUGCAGUGGGUUUCCAAAGGUUGUCUCUUGUGCUUGUACUUGUUGGUUCCAGAUCUAUAAUAAGAUGGGAUUUAUGUUAUUUUUAAAAAAUUGAAUUUGACUUUAUAAUAUAUAUUUCAGUUUUAAAAAAACAACAAUCUUAGAAGCUGUUUUAAGACUAAGUGUAAUGUCUGAUUUGUUUACCUUUAUUUAUGAUAUUCCAUUUUUUUAUAUUAAUACUCAGUAAACCCAGGGUGCACUGUUAAUUUAUUCUAUUAUGUUUACACUAUUGUUUCAUAAACUAUAUGCAAGAAUUAUGAAUCAUGGAAGCAGCGUCUUGCCAGGGAAGAGCGAAACCUUAAAAUGCCGCCCCUCAAUAUGUAGUCGAAAGAUUAUUUUGGCACUCCUUGUCUUAAUGAAGAUUUAUAGUUUAAUUCAUAAUUACGAUAGUAUCUAAAGUGGAUUUGGCAUUAACAGCCCCUCCCACCCCCCAACCACAAGCAAAAAUUAAUUGAUGUGUUAAGCCUCAGACCAUUUAAUGAAAAUAAUGCUACAUUUAUAGCUUUAUUCACUGUGCCCCUCUCAUUUCAAAACGAGGAAUACUAGUCAUUUUACCAUUUCCUUUACAUUACAUUGAUUUGAAAGUUUGGGUUUUUCUUACCAUGACCUGUAUAUUGUUUUUGUAUAGAACUCAUUUUUAAAUCUGCACUACAUAUGAUAAAGCAAUUGAUUUAAUUUAUUGAAAUAUCAGAUUUGAUGGUGAGCACGGUCAUCUUUAUUGCUACGUAUGUGUGGCUAAUGUGAGGAUCAUUUCCCUGUCACAUUCUCUCUGCAUAUCCUAGGGCAUGCCCCCCUCCCCCAUAUUGAUAAUGCCUCACAUAUAAUUAUAAUUUUAUCCAGUUUGUAUAACCUUUUAUUACCUUGUGAAAACCCCAUUUUAUAUUGAAAUAUAUAUUAUUUUACAAUUUUAUUUUGUUUUAUAUUGUUGUUAAGACAAAAUUUUGAUGAAAAAAAUGGAGUUGUUUACAUAGAUAUUGCUGUAGGUAGAAAUAUUAACAUUAUUUUUUUAACUUUGUGUACACCUUAAAAGUCUUUUAGAAGAGAAAUUAGGAUUCAAAAGCUUAAAAAUAUGGUGGUUUUAAAAAUUAUAAACAUUUCAUUAGAUUCCUGAUUAAUAUAUUCUUUUGAAGAUAAGUGACUUGACUGUUUUGAAAUGUUCAACAAUUUUUAUGAGAUGUCAUUCAUUAAUGUCUCUUCCAGCUAACAAAAUGGAAAAAAAAUUUCUAUCCCUAAUAGUUUCGGGGAGUUUUCCUGUGAUAAGUGCAUUUUAGAUGAAAAGUCUAAC